CCGCAGUUUGGCAGAAGCCUGUUCAGAAGGAGAUGUGAAUGCUGUACGAAAGUUACUCAUUGAAGGGCGAAGUGUAAAUGAACACACAGAGGAAGGAGAGAGCCUCCUUUGUUUAGCUUGUUCUGCUGGAUACUAUGAGCUUGCACAGGUUUUGUUGGCAAUGCAUGCAAAUGUGGAAGAUAGGGGAAUCAAAGGAGACAUCACACCUUUAAUGGCUGCUGCUAAUGGAGGCCAUGUCAAAAUUGUGAAGUUGCUGCUAGCUCAUAAAGCAGAUGUUAACGCACAGUCUUCAACAG